AUGCUCGGUAGACGAGCCGUUAGUGCCAUCGUUGGUAUUAUAUCUGCAUGUACUCUUUUCAUGCUGUUGAUUGCCUGCUGUAUUGUUCAUUACCGUCGCUAUUUAACACGAAAAGCGCAUACCUACGUCACUGCUGCUCAAGCAGAUAAUGAACGUUUAAACGAACCAACUGAUAUCGAACAAACACGAAUGACCCAUCGUACAGCUCAUAAUCAAAUUCCAGAUUCUCCUCCAACAUACUCCGAAGCUGUAAGACGGCUAAGUGAUGGAUACAUUUUUUCUUUUGUCGAAAAUAUUAUGUUGGAAAAUAAUUUAUGUCGAUGGUUUUGUGUUUUGUUCAUAGUUUCAUUUCUAUUUACAACAUGCACUGACGGGAAAGGAGGAUUCGGGCGUGGAGGUGUUCGAGGAGGCUCCAAAGGCGGAUCAUUUGGUAGCUCAUCGAGUUUCAAUCGAGGAAACAGCUAUGGAAGUUACAACAAAAUGAAUAAACCAUCUUCGGGAAGUGGUUUUCGAAAGAAUGCAAUGAGUUUUGGUGCUGGAGCGUUAGGUGGCGUAGCAGCAUACUCAAUAAUGAGCUCAAUGUCACGUUCAUAUGUUCCUGGACAUUAUGCAUCAGGUUAUGGAACUGGAGCGGUAUGUACAAAUAAUGAAGAUUAUAAUGGUACAAAAUUCGGACAGUUUCGUUGUCCUUUGGAAGGUUUUCCUUAUGAUGCGAAAUAUUGCUGUGGUGAAUAUGGAAAACACUAUUGCUGUGCUCCUGAAGGUCGUUCGAACCGCGGCGGUUUUAACUUAUUUUGGUUAUGCAUUAUUAUCGCAAUUGUUAUCAUUGCUGUUGUUGUCUUCGCUAAACGUCGUCGACAAAGUUCGAAAGACAUCAUAAUGGUUCCAGUAGAACCUCCAAUGGAUGAGCAACAACAUGGAUUUUUUCCACCACCGCCUCCGAUGAGUUAUCCACCAAACGUUAAUCCUUAUGCAGUUCCACCACAAAAUUUCAAUGGAACUUAUACACCUUAUCCUCCGCAACAAAUGCCAUAUCCACCUAAUCAACAACCAUAUAAUCCAUAUCAAGUUAAAGAAGCUGCUCCACCAGCUUAUAACGAUGCUAUGCAAUAUAAUCAAGGAAUGCCCGGCAACAAACCUAUGUGA